GUACCGGCUGGGCAGGGAGGAGGAGGAGCCCGGACGGCGGGAGCGGCUGUGGCGCGCAGGCACCAUCGGAGCCGCGUGCUGAGGGUCCUAGGGCCCCACCGCGCUCAGACAGACGUUCAGAUGCUCGGACAGAGAUGGUCUAUACCCCAGGAAAGGGGAGCGGGUCCACUCCCGCAGACAGCCCCAGCGAUGAACCGGUCGCCUCCACCCCACCGGGAAAAAGGCAGUGGCGGUCAGGCCGCGCUGUUUCUUUAAGACCGUGUUCCUACUAACACUGACGGGCUCCUGGAGAGGGCGGGGGAGACUAAGCAAGGCCAAGCUCCAAAGGGAGGAGAGUCCCAGCUGGCUUCAGCGUCCACAAGGCACAGUCCUUCAUGAAUCUUGAUGCAGAGGCCUCCAUGGCUGUGAUAAGCCUGUUGUUCUUGGCAGUGAUGUAUGUUGUUCACCACCCCCUGAUGGUCAGUGACCGGAUGGACCUGGACACACUAGCCAGGAGUCGACAGCUGGAGAAGCGAAUGAGUGAGGAGAUGCGUCUGCUAGAGAUGGAAUUUGAAGAGAGAAAGCGAGCGGCUGAGCAGAAGCAGAAGGCAGAGAACUUCUGGAGAGGAGACACAUCCAGUGACCAGUUAGUGCUGGGGAAGAAAGACAUGGGGUGGCCGUUCCAGGCUGAUGGCCAGGAGGGGCCUCUGGGCUGGAUUCUGGGAAACCUGUGGAACACUGGCCUCUUUUGCCUUUUUCUCAUCUUUGAGCUCCUGCGACAGAACAUGCAGCAUGAGCCGGCUUUUGAUUCCAGCAGUGAGGAGGAGGAGGAGGAAGUCCAUGUUGUACCUGUCACCUCUUACAACUGGCUUACUGACUUCCCCUCCCAGGAGGCCCUGGACUCCUUUUACAAACACUAUGUUCAAAAUGCCAUCCGUGACCUGCCCUCCACCUGUGAGUUUGUGGAGAGUUUUGUGGACGAUCUCAUUGAGGCCUGUCGGGUGCUCAGCCGCCAAGAGGCUCACCCACAGUUGGAAGACUGCUUGGGCAUCGGGGCUGCCUUUGAGAAAUGGGGAACCCUCCAUGAGACCCAGAAAUUUGAUAUCCUGGUGCCCAUUGUCCCACCACAGGGCACCAUGUUUGUCCUGGAGAUGAGGGAUCCAGCCCUGGGCCGCCGCUGUGGCUGUGUGCUGGUGGAGUCAGAAUGCAUGUGUAAGCGUGAGAAACUCCUAGGAGACGUGCUGUGCCUGGUGCACCACCACAGGGACCCCUCAGCGGUCUUGGGCAAGUGCAGUAGCUCCAUUAAGGCAGCUCUCUGCACCGGCUUCCACCUAGACGUGUGCAAGACUGUGCAGUGGUUCCGGAACAUAAUGAGCAACGCCUGGGCCCUUGUGGCCCACAAGUAUGACUUUAAACUCAGUCUCCCACCAUCUACCACCUCCUGCAAGCUCAGGCUGGAUUAUCGCUCAGGCCGCUUUCUCUCAAUCCACUUGGUCCUGGGGGUGCAACGAGAAGACACCUUGGUCUACUUGGUGAGUCACGCUCCUGAUCAAGAGCAGCUCACCAGUGUGGACUGGCCUGAGUCCUUUGUGGCCUGUGAGCACUUGUUCCUGAAGCUGGUGGGGCGCUUUGCCCCUGAGAACACCUGUCACCUCAAGUGCCUCCAGAUCAUUUUAAGUCUCCGACAGCAUCAGAGCUUACCCCACGGAGCAUCCCGCCCCAUCCUCACCUCUUACCACUUUAAAACAGCCCUCAUGCACCUCUUGGUACGGCUGCCCCUCACGGACUGGGCGCACAACAUGCUCUCUCAGCGGCUCCAGGACAUUCUCUGGUUCUUGGGCCGUGGCCUCCGGCAAAGGUCCCUCCAUCAUUUCCUCAUUGGUAACACUUUGCUGCCCCUGACCAUCCCGAUCCCUAAGACAUUUAGGAAUGCUGAGCCUGUCAAUCUCUUCCAACACCUGGUGCUCAACCCCAAGGCGCAUUCACAGGCAGUGGAAGAGUUCCAAAACCUUCUGACCCAGGUGAAAACUCUGCCUUAUGCCCCACUGGCUGCAGCACCUUGAUGUAAAGGCCAUUUAUAAAAAACAGAUGAAGGUAUUUCUAAUUCCUUGGACUACAAAAGCAUUUAUUUUUCAGAUAUAUCAGUGGUAUAUGUGACUUUCACCUUGCUAGUGGGGGCUGUGAUAGCUAAGACACUUUAAGGAGUGUGUGAGGUGGUCAUGAGGAUGAGCCUAAUGACCCUGCUGGGCUUAAUCAAGGGUGGGUCAUCUGAGGUUGCUUAACUUUGAUCAUGACCCAAAGAAGGUCCAGGGAAAUGAAUGUUACGGGAGGAUCUCCCUGCUAAGGAGUUGAGAUCCAGAGGAGGAUUGUGAAGUUGUGUUUUUUUAAUCAACACUGGAAUCGAGAGAACCAGAGAAUACCUCCAUUCCGGCUUAUUCCUUUUUGUGAUUAACUCCCAAUAUGUUCCUUGUGAAUUGGUUUCCUUGUUGAACUGUUAGUUUAAUUCCUAUACAAGCUGGUGGCACUCCAUUUUAUCCUAAAAACUGUGAUGGGCAACUUCUCAUAUUUUAGGAUCUAAUUUUUCGAAACGUCACUAUUUUGAAGAUAUAUCCAAGGCUGGGCGCGGUGGCUCAUGCCUGUAAUCCCAGCACUUUGGGGGGCCAAGGUGGGUGGAUCGCUUGAGCUCAGGAGUUUGAGACCACCCUGGGCAACAUGGUGAAACUCGUCUCUGCUAAGAUAUAAAAACUUAGCUGGGCAUGGUGGUGCGUGCCUGUAGUCCCAUCUACUCAGGAGGCUGAGGCACAAGAAUCACCAGGAGGAAGAGGUUGCAGUGAGACGAGAUCAUGCCACUGCACUUCAGUUUGGGCUACAGAGUGAGACUCCAUCUCAAAAAAAAAAAAAAAAAAAAAAAAAAAAAAAAAAAAAAAAAAAAAAAAAAAAAAAAAAAAAAAGAGAAAAAAGAAAAUAUAACCAAGAUGUUUACAUUCCAUUUUCUUAAUUUAAUCCUAUUUUUAUAUGACAAUAGAGAUGUUUUUAUGCAUCUGAAAAAGCUACCUAAUUUAUUAGCAUUGAUUCACAAAUACUGUCAACAGUAACCUGUCUCAUAAUUGAGAUAAUGUAUUUACCAUAAUCAAUGAAAUAGCUAACAUCUGAUGACCUUUUUAAUGCCUGGCGGCGACAUUAUAAAAGCCUUCACAAGGCCAAUCUUUUUGGGGGCUCUGAGAUGAACAGUUACUUUGUUUCUUGGGGGAGCCACUUGUUAAAUGUAAAGGUAUAGCUGCCAUGUUUAGCUGUGCUUUUUCUCAGUCUGGUCAUGCCUCCUUUGUAUUUUAUUUUUUCAAAAAUGACAAAGGUAUUACUUGAACUGUGUUUGUGGUUUUGAAAGAGAGGUCAUCACAAUCCAGGUUCAUAGUCAGGUUUGUAUAGGAAAGGAUUGGGAAGCAGUCCACCUCUAAAAUCGUGAUUUUAGAGAUAUGAUUGGUAUAUUUUUCCCUUGUUUCAAAACCAUGGGAUGCUGAGGAGGAGUGUUAAGAAAUGCAACUAUGGUUAUGGGUAUGGUUGUUUUGGAAAUGCCAAUGCCGUUCUAUCUGCACUGCCAAGAAGAUCUGCUGGGGAAAGUAACCUGUCCCCACUGAAUUUGACCUCAGUGGGGAUCAGAUGCUGGCUGUUAUGGGCUUCAGUCAUAGAAUACAUACCUUCCCCUCCAGCAAAAAAUAAGUUUAAAAAUGUCCCAAGGCCGGGAACAGUGGCUCACACCUGUAAUGUCAGCACUUUGGGAGGCUGAGGUGGGCAGAUCACCUGAGCCCAGGAGUUCAAGACCAGCCUGGGCAACAUGUCACAACCCUGACUCUACAAAAAAAUAGCUGGGCGUGGUGGCAUACACCUGUGGUCCCUGCUACUCUGGAGGUUGAGGCAGAAAGCCUGACCUCCUGCUUGAGCCCAGGAGGUCAAGGCUGCAGUGAGCUGAUAGUGCUGCUGUACUACAGCAAGCCUGGGAAAAACAGUGAGACUCUGUCUCAAAAAAAAAAAAAGUCUCCCAGAAGCUGAUGCCAGUCAGUAUUCUGGGCUCCCAGUACACAAUAGCUACUGCGUUCCCAUGUUGACUGUGUCUGUCAGGUACUGCUUUCAAGGCAAGAUGCAAUGAUGUUUGGUUCUCUGCUGGUGGGAUUUUGGUGUUUUAGAAACAUCCAUAUACUUUUCGUUUAGAAAAUUAUUUGCUGAUGUUUUAAGUUACAAGUCAAUAAAGGAGACUAUUUUCUGUA